AUGGAGAAGUACUCCUUCGUGCAGCGGCUGGGGCAAGGUGCCUUUGCAGUGGUAUGGAAAGCAAGGCGGAAGUCAGACGGCCGGCUGGUAGCUGUGAAGCAACUGAAACAGUCGCCAGAGUCUUGGGAAGCCUGCAAACAGCUUCCAGAGGUGCGGGCCGCAGCCUCCAUCUCGGACAGAAGGCAUUUGGUGCAGCUACUGGAGGCAGUAAGACACGGUGGCGAGCUGUUCCUCGUGUUUGAAUACAUCGAGGGCAGCUUGCACCACUGCAUAGCCGCGGCUCGCCGCGUCGAGGAAGCCCAGGUCCGCUGGGCAGCAAGACGCCUUCUGAUGGCUUUGGCGGCAGUUCAUGCAGCCGGCUUGGUUCACUGCGAUGUCAAGCCCGAGAACAUCCUCGUCGGUGGCAGUGAAGGUGGUAGCCGGGGAGCGCCGACUAUGAAGCUCUGUGACUUCGGACAAUCUGGGCCACCAGGGGAGAUUGCGACAUACGUCGGGACUCGGUGGUACCGGGCACCAGAGCUUUUUCUUGGCUCGCGUGGUGACUCCAGCGUCGAUCUAUGGUCUGCCGGAUGCACCAUUGCAGAGUUGAUCUUGAGGAGGCCCUGGGUCCCUGGUUCAGACACCCGUGACAUGCUCUUUCGAAUAUGUGGCGAGCUUGGUGCCCCAGAUGAUAGCGAAGGGUGGCCGCUGGCAGCGCAGCUUGUGGAGGCCUCGGGUCGCAAGAAUGCGGAGCCCGCAGCCUGGCAGAGCCUCCUGGAGGCUGGCGCCUCACAGGCCGCUGUGGACCUUCUGGAAGGCCUCCUCCGCUAUGACGGGCAGCGGCGGCUACGCUGCGACCGUGCUCUGCGGGAGAUGGCUUUUUUCGCUUCCGAAGAGCCCGAGGUACCCGUGCCCGUGCCAGUGUCCCGACCACUAAGCCCAGCAACGCUGCAGCGUUCCAGAGAAGAGGCGCAAGCUGUCGAGCGGCGGCUCUUCGAGAAGCGUGGUCCCCUGCCACCUCCCCCUCCAUCGGCACCUCGUGGAACUUCACCGUCACCCUCGCCUUUUCCGCCUUUGCCCGGGCAGCAGGCGUUCAAGCAGCCAGAAGGUGUUUUCGCAGCAACCUCCCCUGCCGCCGACCCCAGAGGCGAUCAGGAGCCUACAACAGCAUGUGGCGAGCCAAGCAGUGAAGACGAGGCCCUCGCAGAGGCGUUCUGGAAUAGUUGCAAGCAGGGGACACCGUCAACAACGCAUGCGCCUGCCACUGCGACAAUGCUUUCAAGCCGGACAGCUAGGACACGGAUACCGCGGCGAGCAGCACCGGCGGGGCUUUCCAUGGCGCCGAGGUCUACUUCUGAAAGCCCUGCACCGCGGGCACCAAGCUCCUCUGCGCGGGAUGAAGCGGCAGAGGAUUAG